UUUAUCUACUAGCCUGUCACACAGUUUGUAAAUAAUGCGGCAGGGUUGUAAAAUAAGGGUGCUUUCACAGCGGGAGGGGCAGGAAACAAACUCGGUUUCGGUCCAAGCAAUCGAACCAAGUGUGAAAGCACCCUAACGUUUGUGUAUUUUCAGGAAAAAUUCAAGAUAAACUAUUGUAAAGAUGGAGUUUAUUAAAGAGGAGAGUGAGAACAUGAGUGAUGCAGAACCAUGCGGAGUGAAAAAUGAAGUUACUGAGGAACAAAAAGGCCUGUUGGAAGUAAAAGAGGAAAUUCAAGCACUGAGUGAAGUGGAGGAGAAACAUCAGUAUGAGGAACCAUAUAAUUUUAUAACUGGAGAAAAAUCUUACAGUCACUCACAGACUGAAAAGAUUUUCUCAAGUAAAAAAAUGGGAGCCAAGAGAUCUUUCACCUGCCCCCAAUGUGGAAAGAUUUUUAAACGAAAAGGAAGACUUAAAAGCCACUUGAAAAUUCAUUUAAGAGAGUGCAGUUUCACCUGUCUUCAGUGUGAGAAGAGGUUCAUUAAAAAAGCAGAACUGAAAAGGCACCAACAAAUUCACAGUGGCGAGAGACCGUUCAUUUGCCCCCAGUGUGGAAAGAGUUUCGUACACAAAGAUAUCCUCAGGAAUCACAUAAGAAUUCACACUGGAGAGAAGCCUUUCACGUGCCCUCAGUGUGGCAAGAGUUUCACACAGGCAUCGAGUCUCAACAAUCAUCUGUACUCUCACUGUGGAGACAAGCCAUUUAACUGUGAUCAGUGCGGUAAAAAUUUUAUUUCUGCAAAACACCUAAAAAGACACCAGAAAGUUCAUGAGAAGCCUUAUUUGUGUCCUUUUUGUGGAAAGUCGUUUUCACAGCUGGACCAUUUGAAGCAGCACCAGAAAAUACAUACUGGUGAGAAAGCUCAUAAGUGUCCAUUGUGUGGGAAUUCCUUUACUAGAGCCACAUACUUGAAAGAACACAAAAAAAUCCAUACUGGAGAAAGACCUUACAAGUGCUCACAUUGUGACAAGACCUUCAGUCAGGCAGGAUCCCUGAAAACACACAAGAGAGUGCAUACUGGAGAGAAGCCGUACCACUGCACCUCAUGUGGGAAGAGUUUCAGUCAGUCAACUAAUUUACUGACUCACAGACAAAAGUAUUGCCCCAAAUUAUCCAAAGAAUAAACCAAAGAUCUUCUUCCAAAAGAGCAAUUUCAUCAUUUGCAAGAUGAUCAUUUGUUAAAGUACCUGCAGUGGUGAACUUUGUGCUCACUUUGACUACGGUUUGGGGUAAAGUAUUUGCUCAGAAGGCUUGUGUACCACUUUUAAAUGCCACAAUUGUUGUCGGGUCCUUUUCUACAUAAUGGGAGUAGUGAUAGUACUACAUUAAAGCAUUAAUUGUGUGUAGUAGCAUGUCAAAAAGUGACAGCCUAUGUUAUUGUUUUUCUAUUCACAUCUGUAACCAUUUCAUAUUGUUACUAAUACAGUAGCUGUUGUGAUGCAUUGACAACUGAAAAGAAGUUCAUUGAGAUCAUUAAAGGAAUAUUCUGGGUUUAACACAAGCUUUAUCGACAGCAUUUGUGGCAUAAUGUUGAGUUCCACAAACAAUUAUUUUGACUCCCUACUUUUAUAAAAAAAAAAAAAAAAAAAAAGAAAAAAACAAUAUUACAAAGAAUGAGGCACUUACAAUGAAAGUGAAUGGGGCCAAUUUUUGGAGGAUUUAAAGGCAGAAAUGUGAUGCUUAGAAUAAAAAAAAAAAACAAAUUAAAUUUUUUUUUUUUAAAACACUUACAGUGGCAAGAAAAAAAUAUGUGAACCCAUUAGAAUUAGCUGGUUUUCUGCAUAAAUUAUUCAUAAAAUGUGAUCCCUUCAUUUAAGUAAUAAGUAUAGACAAAAACAAUUAUAAUCUUUCAUGUCUUUAUUGAACACAUCCCAUUUAACAUUCACAGUGCUGUGGAAAAUGUAAGUUAACCUUUGGAUUUAAUAACUGGUCGAUCCUCCUUUGGCAGCAGUAACCUCAACCAAAUAUUUCUGUUAGCUGUGGAUUAGACCUGCACAACGUUCAGAAGGAAUUUUGGACCAUUCUUCCUUACAGAACUGCUUCAGCUCAGCCAUGAUAAACAUGGAACAUUUUUCCCUCGAUGGCAAGUGAUCCAGGUCCUGAAGCAGCAAAGCAGGCCCAAAUCAUGAUGCUCCCUUCACCAUACUUCAACGUUGGGAUGGUGUGCCUAGACCUGCACAACGUUCAGAAGGAAUUCUGGACCAUUCUUCCUUACAAAACUGCUUCAGCUCAGCCAUGUUCUAGGAUGUCUGGUGUGAAUGGCUCUCUUGUGCUCAUUCCACAGCAUCUCUAUUGGGUUAAGGUCUGGGCUCUGACUGGGCCACACCAAAAGGUAGAUUUUCUUUUUUUGAAGCCAUUCUGUAGUGGAUUUACUUUCAUGUUUAUGGUCAUUGUCCUGCUGUAUCACUCAGCUUCUACUGAGCUUCAGCUGGCGCACAGCCAUCCUGACAUUAUCCUGUUGGAUAUCUUGAUAAACAUGGGACAUUUUUCCCUCGAUGAUGGCAAGUGAUCCAGGUCCUGAAGCAGCAAAGCAGCCCUUUUUUACGUCACAUGUAGUGCUGCAUGUUCUUCCCAAACAUUUCAAACUUAGUUUCAUCAGUCCACAAAAAUUUUUUCCCAGUGGCAUUGUGGAGUGUCAAGGUGGACUUUGGCAAACUUCAGGUGGGCAGCAAUGUUUGUUUUGUAAAGCAGCGGCUUCCUUCGUGGUGUCCUGCCAUGGACACCAUGCCUGUUUAAUGUUUUCCGCUUAGUAGACUCAUGAACAGAGAUGUUAACCAGUUCCAGUGAUUCCUUCAAAUCUUUAGCUGUCACUCUAGGGUUCUUUUUUACCUCACUGAGCAUUCUGCAGUGUGCACUUUGAGUUACCUUGGCUGGAUGGCCACUUCUAGGAAGAGUAGCCACAGUACUAAAUUGUCUAAAUUUAUAGACAAUUUGUCUUACUGUGGAAAGAUGAAUAUCUAAGUUCUUUGAAUUAACUUUGUAACCUUUUCUAGCUUUGUGCAAAGCAACCAUUCUUGAUUGUAGGUCUUCUGAGAUCUUUUUUUUCAAGGCAUGGUCCACGUCAGCAGAUGCUUCUUAUGAAUAGCAAACUAAAUUUUUUUAGUGCUUUUUACUUGUCAAAGAAGCUCUAACCCACACCUCCAAUCAGGGCCGUUUCUAGGCACCUGCUGGGGGGGCCCAUUUUGAUUUUGAGAAUAAAGUAUAAACUACAAGAAUAAAGUUGUAGCAUUAUGAGAUUAAAGUCGUAAUAUUUUGUAGCUUCAAAAACCACAUAAAGGAGACGGAAGUAAUCAAUAUGACUCCAGUGGUUAAAUCCAUAUCUUCAGAAGCGAUAUGAUAGGUGUGGGUAAGAAACAGAUCAAUAUUUAAAUCCUUUUUUACUAUAUAUCUGCACUUUACAUUCAGUUUCAGAUGUGAAAGUGAAACAAGGCCCGAUAUACUUCCAGAGAAGUUCUUCUUCAUCCUUCAUUCAGGGGUAAAAUGUUCUAAACAGCUGAGCAACUUUAUAUUGUUUGCAAACAUUUAGACACCUGCCACACCGCUGUGGGAGGCAUUUAGAAGUACAUUUAAAUAUGAGGAUGCUACAUGUAAAACCUAAACUAAUGUGACAUUAAAAUGUGUUACAAUUACUGUACGCCUUAUUCUAUGAGUAGAAUUCACAUGAGGUCAGUAAAAGAAGCUGUUUUAACCAUUCGAUGAUGAUACUGUAUAUGUAGUAGAACAUUUUUAAUUUGUCUUGUUUACAUUCUGAAUUCAUGGAGCUAUUGCACUAACACGCUAUACACCAUAAUAAGCACCGAAUACAUUAUGUUAUUGUAAUUUAUGAUGACACUGAUACUAUUGCAAAAAUUAGUGUAUAAAAGUGUUAAUGUGCAGAAUAAAGACAAAAGGAUGAUGAUAGGCAUAUCUUUGGGCAGAUGUGUGAAUAGCUUUUGCUGCAGAUUGCACAUGAGUAAAU